CAAAUCACUUUUCAUCAAAGUCACCAAUAUUUAGCACGUAUGGCCAUAAUAUUAACAUAUUAUGAUGUUAAAACUGUAUGCUCUCCCCAUUCCUAGCAUAAAUUUUAUAUUUUCACUGCAUUCUGAUUACUUUUUUCCCACUCAAAUCACAUGUAUUCAUCAAAGUCAUAGCAGAUCCAUAUCUGAUCCAUAAUCUAAAUUGGUGGUCCCCAAACUUUUUUGACUGUCAAUCCCUUCGAGGAUUCCUUGACCUUUUAUCGACCUAAGUGGCAAGGAUUUUAUCAAGGAUUUUGAGAAUAUGGAUACUGCUCAAGACAGAUUCAGUGGGGACCAAAGCAUGUGCUUAUCAUUUUUCAGAGAAUGUUACUCAAUUACCUUAGAAUUAUUUCAGUUACCUAAUUGAAGUCAUAUAAUACAUGUUAUGUUUGUUUAUAUUUUAUACCACGUAUUCCGUUAUUCAGCGAAACGUCAGCAAGAUGUCAGCGCAGUGCUAAAACUCGUUCCAUAUUUUAGCUCGCUUGCAGCGCCAUCUCAAAACGCUUACAAAAUUUCGUUAGCGAGGUUGAGAAGCGCUAGCUUUUUGCUAAGACAACGAGCGAAGAUGGCGGCACCAUGUUUGACUGUUUUAAUUGAACUAAAUAAUCGAAAUUUUCUUUUAAAUAUUGAUGAAAAAACUUAUGAAAGUUUUCGAACAGGAACAGCACCCAAUAUCAAAAAUUAUUUUAAAGAACUUCAGAAGACAUUCAGUGCUGCUGACUUAGGCUUACCUGAAGGCACAGAUAUUCUGAAUUGGAGACAAAUAAAGUUAUGGAAAGUAUUUUCUGAAAAUAAUGGAACUUUUGAAUGUGGAGAACAAAUUCUCAUUAUUGAUGACAACCAUACUGAACUUCAAGAAAACCCUGUUGUGGUCGGCUCUCCAGAUCCUUCAAAAAGCAUACAUAAUAAAAGUAAAGCAGAAUGGACCCAUGCAGCAGUAAAACUGUUAAUAGCAAGUAGAAUAGAUUUAGAAGAAGACUUUCAAAAACCUGUAGUCAAAACAAAGCUUUGGGCUAAAAUAGCUGAUAAGUUAUCCAAAGAGGGUUUUGCAUUUACAAGUUCAGAAUGCGAUCACAAGUGGAGAAAUCUCAUGAUUACAUACCGAAAAAAUGUUGAUAAGAGCAAAACAUCUGGAGAAGGCAAAAUUAGAUGGGAAUAUUUUAAAGAAUUGCAUGAAACUUUUGGUAGGAAUAUUAACACCAAUCCGCCAAUUAAUUACAUGAAAUCAUCUUCAAAAAUUAAUUCCAAAAGCAGCAAUCGUAUGAAUGAAUGUACUCAAGAGGUGCUAACUGAAAUUACUUGUGCCCAAAACAGAGAUCGUGUCAGCAUUAUAAGUACUGAAAAUUCGACAGUUCAGGUAAAUCCAGUUCCUGUGGCCGCUGAAACCUCUUGUACACAGUUAAAUAAAGAAAAUGAAUGUACAGCUAUUCAGAAAAAAAAAGAUAAAAAUGAAUUAAUUAAAAGUAGAAAAAGAAGUCGGAAUGAGCCACCAUUGUGGUAUGUUGAAGAUAUGAAACGCAGGGAUAGGAAGAGAGAGGAGAGAGAGAAGAAAGAAGACGAAAGAUGGCAGGAACAUAAAGAAUUGGAGACUAGGAAAGUACAGGUUUUGGAAAAGCUGGUUGAAUUAUUACAAAAUGUACAAAAAACAAAUUCAAGUUAAUAAAAUUUUUAUUUGCGAUGUGUUUUUGCUUAAAA